AUGUUCUACGCUCGCAUUUUGAUUUGUUUGAGCCUCGUUACUCUCUUUCAACAAACAGUUGAGGGGCAGUGUCUACCUUUGAGAGGACACGCACCAAUAAGUAAAGAGCAAUGUUACAAAGCACUUGCCACAUACAAGUUUGAUGAGUACGGCCUGCUAGACAGUGACGGGGUGGAGAACAAGAAGACAUGUGGGAACUGCAAGAUCUCCCUAUCUGUGGUAAACCUAAACCCUCGGGUCAAACCCAGCUUGGAUGGAUUAAUAAAAGGCCAACUAGAGACGGUUCUGGACACCUUGUCAACAACAUGUACAUAUGAUAACCGAACGAGUGGUACCAUGCUACCGAGUAUCUUUGUAGGUGAGACCGUGAAGGAUACUUUUGUAGCCGUGGAGGUUGAAGUUGGAGACAUGAAGCGCAAUGAAUGCUCAUCAACCCCACGGGGAAAGAAUCGACGAAACUCGGAUCUAACACUGUCGAAUCAAAAGCAUUAG